UUAUGCCCAGAUCACGUGAACAGUACCAACACCUCAAAUCUGACAAUUAGAGUUUAAAUGUUUUUUUUUUCGCCAGACGUCCCAAUCGUAAAUUUUUUGGGAUUUUGCAGAUACUCUUUCUUCCACAUCGCGAACGGAGCAGCAGUUCUUACCUCGAUCCCAGACCUUUCCAGAGUCGCAAACCGUUCGAGCUGACAGAAUGUCAGAUCCUUUUUUUGCUCGCAAGCGGAAACGCGGGGGUCAGUCCGCUGGUCGUGGAGCUCCGAACGGCCGAAGUCAGAGCCAGAGUAAUGGCCGUCGCGGCGGCGGAAGAGCAAACGGCAACGGCGUGUCGCAGCGUGAACCACAUAUUGUUGAAGGUUCCAUAGCUUCUGAAGAUGACGAGGAGAUUACGGAUCCCGAGUCCUCGGAUGAGGAAGACGCAGAGAUGAAAGAUGCUGAAAGCGGUAGUGGCGAGGGCAGCGACUCUGAUGAGAUCGAAGACGCUGAUGAGGAUGAAGAAUUUGCAGACGAGUCUGCGGCCGACAAGCGGCGGCGGCUGGCCCAGCAAUACCUCGAUAAUCUACAGAGUGAAAUAGAUACCGCUGGUUUCGACGCGCGCGACGUCGACAAGGAUAUCCUCGCAGCAAGACUUAACGAGGACGUUGCAGAAGACCAAGGCCGUCUGUACAAAAACAUUGUCAAAGCAUUCACCUUUACCCGUCCCCAACGUCUAUUUCUCUCCUCAAAGAAGAUGCUGACGGCCACAGACGUGGCUACUCCUGACGAGCCUACGUUUGCCUACGUUGUCUCGAAGGAUCGCACAUUAUCAAAAUUUGACCUUGCCACCGGCGCUAGAGUCCGCUACGCCGCGGGCCAUAACGAGAAAGACAUCAUCUGUGUUGCCGUCUCGAACGAUGGUGCAUUCGUCGCUACCGGAUCGGCCGACCACAAGAUCAAUGUCUUCGACGCAAACAGUCUCGAGCUUCUCAAGUCAUUCACGCAGCACCGAGGAGCUGUUACCGGACUUGCAUUCAGACGCGGAAGUCAUAUAUUAUAUUCAUGCAGCGCAGAUCGUACAGUAAAGAGUUGGUCGCUGGACGCACUGACAUAUGUUGAGACUCUGUUUGGACAUCAGGACGAAAUCAGCGCGAUUGCGGCACUCGCGCAGGAACGAUGCAUCACGGCCGGUUCGCGCGAUAGGACCGUCCGUUUGUGGAAAAUUGUGGACGAGUCUCAGCUUAUUUUCCGAGGAGGUGGAAGUGGAGGAUCCGCUGCUCGGCCGCGGAAGGCAGUGGAGGAUGGAUCCGCCGCUGCUCCGGAGAAGAAGAAGGCGGUAUACCUGGAGAACAGCAUCAAUUGCGUGGCUCUUGUGGACCACCAUAUUUUCGUGAGUGGAAGCGAUAACGGAAGUCUUUCUCUGUGGACACUGGCCAAGAAGAAACCCGUCUACGUUGUUCCUCAGGCGCAUGGGUUUGAUUCGCUGGCAAGCCCGGAGCAUUACUCCGCGGAGCAAGAUGCUUCGAAGAUUGAAUUGCCUCCCAAGCAACCUCGAUGGAUUACUGCACUUGCGACUCUGCCAUACGCCGACAUCGUCGUUUCCGGAUCUUGGAACGGAAGCGUCAAGGUGUGGAAAGUGAACGUAGACGAAUCCGACCGAGUCGAUAGAGAUGGAACUUUACUCGGCGGCACGAAGAAACAGUAUGAACUACAGCCUGUCGCCGAGCUGCGCGUGCAGGGCGUGGUCAACGGUCUGUCGGUUGUCGAGGACGGCAAGGACGCGCUGAAGAUCUGCGUCGCGGUCGGCAAGGAGAUGAAGAACGGGCGCUGGUUCAAGAAAGGGAGCGCGAAGAACGGUGUCCACGUGCUCACGCUCAAGAGGACGACGAAGAGGGGCGUUUUAGCUGGAGCAUGAUGUGGAUUGUAUUAUAGACACAAAAGCUUUGCAUUUUCUAAUUUUUGGGCUGUAACAUUGUUAAUAGGACUAGAACUACAAACUACCAUCACCGG